UUCAGAACUUUACUCCCAGUUGUUUAGCAAUGACAGCAAAAAGGCUGUUUAAACAAACGGGGCAGUUAAGGCCCCGUCAUUUCAAAUUUAAGUUUGUCCUGGUGUGUUAGUUGCAUAAAUUGCUGUAAUAGGCCCCACCCCACAGGCUACAAUUUUGCAUCUGGCUCUCCAUCCCUCCCAAAAACUUAUUUUGCAUCUGGCUCUGGUUGGUGGACUUAUGGUGUGUGGGGUGGGGGGAGAACGUCCUAAAGGAACAACACAGUAUUUUACUUACUGCAUUUUUAUUUCACUUCUAGGAGGAGCUCAAGGUGGUGUUUCUCCCGCUAAAUGGUGUAUCAAAAAAUUGGAAACAUUUAAAAUGAUCAAUAGAAGAUGCAUCAUCAGAUGUUUGAAAUGUUACCUGAAUUGAAAUGUUACCUGAAUUGCAGAUAACAUAGUGGCGAUGCUGGGAUUGUUAGAGUAAGAAUGUCACAACGCUGCCACAAAAUUUCUUUGCUCAAGCAUGCAUAAACAGAUAUUGCUCCCCCCUACAAAUGAAAUCCAGGCAUUCUUGCUCUGCAAGUUCUCUCAUGGCUUUCUACAUCAAAAAACAACGUUCAGUUUUUGCCAUUUUUAGCUAUGUCACAACAGCCCUGUAAUUUUAACUUUAGUUAUGUAAUAUAUGGAAGUUACAUUUUUGCAUGCAAGAUAGCUUUUCAGUCAUAGUUCAGGCUUAAAGGUAAUGUAUUAACUCUUCAAUGACCUCUCCCUUAUCCACCUGUGGAAAGAACCCACAAGAGAAGUGUGUAGUAUUACAAUAGUUUUAACUAGAGAGAUCAAAGUUCUAGACAGCUGGACAUGGUGGAGGGCAAAAUGCCAUUAUGUUGUAGUUCAGUGGAACAUUAAUGGGACAUUUAUUGUUUUCACUUACACUCUUGAGCAACACAGAAUCGAAGUAAAUGCGGAACAUCCUCAUUUUUGUAUAACUCCUUCAUUACUGAAAUUAUAUACGGCUCACAGACGGAAGGUAUAAAAUCAUUACCUUAAUGAUUGUGAUUUUUAAAGUUAACAUCCUGCUUGGUCUAAAUGUCCUAGCCCAGGGAUAGAGGAACCUUGGCACUGGGUGCAACUGCAGCCCUCUAAGCUUCUCUAUUUUGCCUGGGGCAAAUCCUUCAGAGUUUUGUCUGGCUGGAACUUAUCCAUGAACCAGUGAUACUGUCUCUUGCUUACCUAGAAGGGAAAUUUGUGAUGUGGGAUGUGUGUGUGUAAGUAAACCUCUUGACUUCUGUAGAGCUAGAAUGUAACCUGGAGCACAAAGAUGAGUCACAUCCAUGACUCUGCCUACUUUUGCUUCUAGGCUGCCUGGCAGGUAUAUGGCCUGCAGAAGGCUACCUGAGCAGGAAAGUGGCCCUCUGGCUGACAGAAGAUCACCACCCCACCCCUGCCUUUGCCCACCAUUAACUAGUAUGCACCAGGCCUUGAGGGAUAGGAUUCAAAUGAGGCAGUGCCCUAAACUUCCCAAACCUGUCAAAGAAGAGCUGGGAUCCUGCAGUAGCACAAUAGUGAAUAGCGUGAGCUUUGGAUCAAGUGCAAAUCUGUCUCAAAUUAACACAGCAACUUUAUGCAAAAUGCUCUCCAUCUUGGCUCCCCCUUUUGCAGUAUGCGGAUAAAUAAUAACUGGCUUGUUAUGCGAGGUUACGUUGUUUCUCUGGCAGGAAAUGCCUAGGUUCAAAGCCCUCUUUGGCCUAGAAGUUACAACUUCGGCCUAGUCGCUUCUGCUCUGCCCUAACCUACCACAAUGUAGGGUGUGUGUGCAGUUUAUGAAGAUAAAAUACAACAACCACCUGAAUUACAAAGUCGCAACCUUUUGAGUGAAGUCCAGCGGAAAUGCACAAAUGUUCCGGCAAGGUAAUUUUAAUAUUUUUAUUUAUCUUCCUCCUUUUCCAUUCUCAAAUGACCCAAGAGUUGGAGCCUGAAAAAGUACCGUAUGUGUAUUGUGGGCUCACAUUACUGAACGCUGGUUAUGGGAAGUUUUUAAUGUUUUAUUUUUAUCGUGUUUUUAAUAUUCUGUUGGGAGCCACUCAGAGUGGGCGGGGUAUAAAUAAUAAAUGAUGAUGAAUUUUCCCGCCACAAUCCACGGAGUCCAGCGAUAAAGCCAGAAUAUUACUUUCCUCCCCCCCCUCUCUCUCUCUUUACUAUGGCUUUGCAUUGAAGCGCUGCAUCCUGAAGCUCAAAACAGGUUGGGGGGGGGGCUAAGCUUGCCCCACACAUUUCCAGAUAUUAAAAGACCUUGUGCCACCUUCCUAGUCUCUCUCCUGCUCCCGCCUCUCUUUUUUUGAAACUUCCCUACUUUCCCACCUCCCUAUAGCAGAAGAUCAGACUCCAGUUUUUAGCCCAAGGCCGCCAGCGGGGGAAGAGUGUUUUGCAAGCAUGCAAAAGAGAGAGAGAGAGAGAACAAGUUUUGUUAGCUAAGCUUGCAAGGGCUGGCUGUGCCAACCGGGCCUUCUUUCGCCGCUGCUUCCCAAAGCCAGCCGUGAGCAGAGCCGCCCCCCGCCGAAUCUGCACCCUGCAAAAAAAGCUGUAUCUGGCUUAGACUCUAGUAGCAAGAAAGCUGAAUGAAGCAGCACCUUUAGAAACAACUUUUCUCGGUUGUUGUUCACCCUGCUGGACAUUGUGACUGGGGUUUGACUGAGCUGACUGUGAACAGGACUUCUUAUUCGAUUCUGCCAUGUCCUCUGUAAAAGUUGAGUCUGUUGUGCAGCACAACUGCAAACUUGGAGAAUCACCCGUUUGGGAGGAAAAGGAAAGUUCGCUUGUCUUUGUGGAUAUAACCGACAAAAAGGUCUACCGAUGGAAUUCCCUUACCAAGGAACUGCAGAGUGUUUCUGUAGGUGCUCCAGUGAGUUGUGUGUGUCUCCGCAAAUCUGGCGAUUACAUUAUUACCCUGGGAACCCAGUUUGCAGCUUUAAACUGGAAAAAUAAGUCAGUAACCAGCAUUAAGCAUGUUGACUUGGAUAAAUCAAAUAACCGGUUCAAUGAUGGGAAAGUGGAUCCUGCAGGAAGACUGUUUGCAGGUACAAUGGGAGAGGAGAUUCGGCCAGCAGUGCUAGAGAGGCAGCAAGGUUCCCUCUAUACCCUCUUUCCUGAUCACUCCGUAGUGAAACACUUUGACAAAGUGGACAUCUCCAAUGGUUUGGAUUGGUCGCUGGAUCACAGAACCUUCUAUUACAUCGACAGCCUUUCAUACUCGGUGGAUGCCUUCGACUAUGACCUGCAAACCGGAAAGCUCUCUAACCGAAGGAGCGUUUACAAGAUGGAAAAGGAAGAGAGUAUCCCUGACGGGAUGUGCAUUGAUUCUGAUGGAAAGCUCUGGGUGGCUUGUUACAAUGGAGGAAGAGUGAUCCGUAUAGACCCCGAGACAGGAAAACGUCUCCAGACCGUGAAGCUGCCUGUUGCUGAAACUACUUCCUGCAGUUUUGGUGGAAAUGAUUAUUCAGAGCUGUACGUCACAUCUGCUAGCCAAGGAUUGGACGAGGCCUCACUGUCAGGGCAGCCAAAAGCUGGCAACGUUUUCAAGAUUACUGGCCUCGGGGUGAAAGGAAUCCCACCAAAUUCAUAUGCGGGCUAACAGUUACUCUCAAAGGCACUCAUCAAGAGCAGGAAAGAAGAAAAUGUCAAAGAUUCACGUGCAUAUCUCUUUCCUGACGGCUACAGCAAGAUGACAGCCACAAAAAGCCAAGCUAAAUAACCUCCAAACAUUUAAUAUAGAUUUUGUAUUUUGCCAAAUUGGCCUUUUUGUUAACAACUAGAAAAACAAUGUUUUCUCCUCUUCUAUGAAAAUUGAUUAUUUCCUAAUAAAGUUUGAAAUGUAUGCAG